CAUCAUCCAUUCUGCGCUGUAGUAAACCGAGAAUAAAUGUCAGAAUUCUCAUUCAGGUCAAGCGGGGUUUUGGAAUCCCAUAACAGGAUCUUUUGGUAGUAGCGCGACGCCGGUUUUCAGCUGUUAUCACUGACUCCUGCCAGGCGUCAGUAAUCGUCGUCGCGACGCACCAGAAGCACAUGCCGUCCGUUGCAAAUCGAGCGCGUUUCUGAAGUCGUGAAGACAUCGAGCCUCGUGCAGAAAUCUCGAAUAUUCUCCCGUUCUUGUAGCACGUUCGGAGUUCAAGCGCGUUCUUCGAGUUUUCUCUUCUGAGGAAGGGUUUUGGUAAUUUUGCGCGAGUGAUAUUUCCGAAGCGUCUCUAUCGAAGUUUGAACAGUAGUUUCCUAGAAGGUUCCUCCUGGAUCGUAUAAGACGGAAGUCCAGGGCUAUCGCCGCAAAACGCGGCAAAAAAGUCAAGUUUUCAGAAUGGAUGGAUCAUGACAAAGAAGCAAAUGACGCAGAAAGCCCUGGGGAAGAUGAGGAAGAAAAGGAGAAAAAGUUUUCGCCGAGAAAAUUCAGCGACGUUUGUAUAAAUAUGCCAAGGACAGACCCAACGACAACAUGCUUGUUGGAGAAACCACAUAUCGACAAAAAAGUGAAGAGACACAGUAUCCAUGGUAUGAUGGAGGAAGAGAACGUGAUAAGACCGCAUCAAGAAAUAGCACAACUUUCCCUCGACGAAAAGAAGUUCCUUCUGGCGGUGGAAAGAGGAGACGUUGCGUCAACAAGAAGAAUGUUACAGAGAGCAGAAGAAACCAACUAUAUCAAUAUAAAUUGCGUAGAUCCGCUGGGGAGGAGCGCUCUCCUGAUGGCUAUAGAUAACGAAAACCUCGAGAUGGUGGAGCUCUUGAUAGAGCACAAGGUAGAAACUAAGGACGCUCUUCUCCAUGCCAUUUCUGAAGAAUUUGUGGAAGCAGUAGAAGUGCUGCUCGACCACGAGGAAACAUUGCACAAACCAGGGGAACCACAUAGUUGGGAAGCAUUGCCUGCAGACACGGCCACGUUCACGCCUGACAUAACCCCACUCAUCCUUUCAGCCCAUCGGGAUAACUAUGAGAUCAUCAAAAUCCUUCUGGACCGAGGGGCCACUUUACCAAUGCCGCACGAUGUUAGAUGCGGCUGCGACGAGUGCGUCACGUCCCGAAUGGAGGAUUCUUUACGACAUUCCAGAAGCCGCAUCAACGCUUAUCGCGCCUUGGCUUCACCGUCCCUGAUUGCCUUAUCAUCGAAGGAUCCCAUCCUUACAGCUUUCGAACUCUCGUGGGAGCUUCGUCGACUGAGCUUCAUGGAGCACGAAUUCAAGACAGAGUACCAGGAACUGAGGAAACAAUGUCAAGAUUUCGCAACCGCUUUGCUAGAUCACACUAGGAGUUCCUAUGAAUUAGAAGUCCUUCUGAAUCAUGAUCCUACUGGUCCCGCAUUCGAGCACGGGGAUCGAAUGCACCUGAAUAGACUGAAAUUGGCUAUUAAGCUCCGCCAGAAAAAGUUCGUCGCCCAUUCCAACGUCCAACAACUUCUAGCAAGCCUGUGGUAUGAAGGAUUACCAGGAUUCCGUCGGAAGAAUAUGGUCCUGCAAGCCUUUGAAAUAGUUCGAAUUGGCAUGCUAUUUCCGUUCUUUUCAAUCGCCUACAUUUUAGCACCCCAUUCCGUAGUAGGCCAGACGAUGCGGAAGCCGUUUAUCAAGUUCAUUUGUCAUUCCGCAUCAUAUAUUACGUUUUUGAUUAUGUUAAUAUUAGCAUCGCAAAGGCAGUACUUACAAAAACUUCUAGGAGAAAAACCUGACGACGAGGACUUUGCCUAUACAAAACGUGGGGCGAAACCAUCAUUCGUUGAAGGAAUAAUAUUGUCCUAUGUUAGUGGUCUGAUAUGGAGUGAAAUCAAACAGCUCUGGGACGUUGGUUUGGAGGAGUACGCAAGGGAUAUGUGGAAUGUCAUAGAUUUUAUCACGAAUUCCUUGUACGUCGCCACCGUUGCUCUCAGAGUGGUUUCCUUUUACCAGGUGCAAAAUCAACCAGAAGCUGCGACAGAACCUAGAAGCGAAUGGGAUGACUGGGAUCCUAUGCUCAUUUCAGAAGGUCUAUUUUCUGCUGCCAACAUUUUGAGUUCCUUGAAGUUAGUCUACAUAUUUUCUGUGAAUCCACACCUGGGCCCACUGCAAGUUUCCUUGUCAAGAAUGGUUAUGGAUAUAAUGAAAUUCUUCUUUUUGUGCAUUUUGGUACUAUUCGCAUUCUCUUGUGGUCUGAACCAACUUUUGGGUUACUACGCAAAAGCGGAAAAGCAGAAGUGCUUCGAUACUUUAGACAAAUGCGACCCAAAGGAGAAGGAUUCGAAUGCUUGUAUGAUAUGGAGGAGAUUUUCGAAUUUGUUCGAAACAAUUCAAACUUUAUUCUGGGCUGUGUUCGGUCUGAUCGACCUCGACAACUUUGAGCUCAGCGAAAUCAAAACUUUCACCAGGUUCUGGGGACUGCUUAUGUUCGGCAGUUAUUCCGUCAUCAACAUUGUGGUGCUUCUGAACCUUCUCAUAGCCAUGAUGAAUCAUUCAUAUCAGCUCAUUUCGGAGAGAGCCGACGUUGAAUGGAAAUUCGCUCGAAGCAAAUUAUGGAUUAGCUACUUCGAAGAAGGUGGCACUGCACCACCUCCAUUCAAUAUUGUUCCAACUCCUAAAAGUGCCUGGUAUAUUGUACAGUGGGCGCAGAGGAAGUUCUUCGGUCAUUCCAGAGCGGCGAAGAAAGAACACAUGCAAACAAUAAGGAGAAAAGUUAAACAAGCCAACGAGCGAGACUUCAGGUAUCAGAGUAUUAUGAGGAACCUGGUAAGGAGAUACGUUACCGUAGAACAGCGUAAAGCGGAAAACCAAGGUGUUACAGAGGACGACGUGAACGAGAUCAAGCAAGACAUAUCAGCUUUCAGAUUCGAAUUGAUUGAAAUUCUGAAGAAUUCUGGAAUGAACACCUCCACAGCACUUAGUGCAAUGGGAACAGGAGGCAAGAAAAAUCGACAGAAAGAACGACGUUUGAUGAAGGGAUUCAAUAUAGCUCCACAACCAUCGACAGUAUCUCUUCCACCAGUUGCAGAAUUCAUAGCCUCUCUUCAGCAAGAAGGUCAACACCAUGACUUUUUCGGUUCUACUCUAUCGAACAUCUUCAAUUCAACUCCAAGAAGACUGCAACACAGUAACACAGUCUCAUCUUCACAGGGCAGCAUCAAUGAAGGCCACCAGUGUCAUAGGGCGACAGGAAAGUUCCAUUUCAAACGAACCCAAUCGCACAAGCGUAAAUGGGGCACACUCAUCGAGGCAGCAAAGGCCGGUAAAGUGUCCCGUCUCAUCGGUCGCUCCAGAUCAGAAGAUUCCGUGUGCAACAACUGUAGGGGAAACGGCCACAACCAUUCACACAGCAACAGUCCCGCCUCCGAAGAAAAUAUUUCAGUGAGUGGUUCGGAAUCUAACCAGAGCAUCGACACAGAAAACUCCCAUAACCAUCACGACCAUCGCCAUCACGAACAUCACCAUCAGCCAUCCGAACAUCAUUAUGGAAUAGCGCACGGUUUGGCGCUUCUGAAAAAGAAGAGAAAGAAGUUUUCUGCAUCCAGAAAUACAAGUCCUAUAGUUCCUCCCUGUAGUAUUAGUGAAAGCACUGGUAGUGUCAAUAAGAAAAUCAACAAGAGUUUGAAAAAACCCCCUUGUAAAAUUCUACAACGUGCCUCAAGUGUUCCAACUAGAGUUCCUGAAGUUCCUAGUCUGAAACGGUUAGAAACUACGCAGUCACAACAAGAGUCGGAGAGUGUUCCCUCUUCGGCACCUCCUGCUAUGACACCGUCCACUACAGAAGAAAGCGUGGCAACAAGUAACAAUGGAAUACCAUCUGGCAUGUCAAGAGAACCCCUACUAUAUUCUUCGUCGAGCAAUCAAGCGACAGCAUCAUCUCAGACCCCUGAGGACGAUUACAGGAAUCAAUCGCAAAGUCUACCGAAACUGCCUGGGAUUAUACCUCUAAGCGGCCACAAUAAUUCGACUGGAUGGUUGUAACGAAGUUGGGACAACAUAGAAUAUAUUGAUGAGUAGCAAAUUAGGAUUGUACAUUUCUCGGGACCUAGCCAUAUAGUGUAUAGUUUUUCGAAAAUGCAGAUAUUAUGUCCAUUUUACUAGGAAAAAAUAUAAUAUAAGGAUGCAUAGAAAUAUCCAGAUGAAAAUUCGGCCGAUAACUAUUGUAGUCUACAAAAGAUUUUCAGUUU